GCCGGGGUCGGGGCCGGGGUCGUCGGUUGCUGACGGCGGGAUGCGGGUCUCCUCCAUCUCCACGCAUCACGGAGCCUCGGGGCAGCCGCACACUUACAACGUGGAGCUCACAGCCAACUUCGGAGGCCAGGUCCGGACCCGCAGGAUGGGGGUCCAGGGGGUCCAGGGGGCCUCAGCCCCGCAGCAGCAGCAGCCGGGCCACACACAGGUCCUCCAGGUGUCCGGAGGUGAACGUCUGUGGAGGACAGUGCUGCCAUGGAUGGAGUAAAGCUCAGGGGUCGCAGCGCUGCACAAAACCCAACUGCAUCCCACAAUGCCAGAACGGAGGAAUGUGCCUCAGGCCUCAGCUCUGCGUCUGCAAGCCUGGCUCAAAGGGGAAAGCAUGUGAGCAGAAGACGCCGAUGCCUGCUCACCCCUUCCCAGCUCAGCCUGGGAACGAACCCACCACCGGGAACACCAACGGACACACGCCCGGUCAUACCAAUGGACACAAUGUGGUUCCCCAAAGGCCCAUACCUCAGCAGGUGCAUCCCAACGGUUACGCCUCUGCACAGCCUCCCAACAGCAUGGCCCAGAUGAAGCUAAACGUCAAACCGGCCCCUCAACUCGUACGGCCUCAUUACAUCCAACAACACAUCCAACAGCAGAUCCGGCCCAUCCCCGUCCACCCGGGUCAGAGCCAGCAGUACGUCAUCAAACCCAAAUACUACCACACACACACCACACACACUCAGAGUCAUGUCCAGUCCACACCUGAGAGGCCCAUCCCCCUGACAGUGGGACACACCCCCCUCCACGUUGGGAACCAUACAGGAAGGAUCAAAGUGGUCUUCACCCCCACCAUCUGCAAAUUAACCUGCAUAGGAGGCAGAUGCCACAACAACUGUGAGCUGGGAAACACCACCACUAUCAUCAGUGAGAACGGCCACGCCACCGACACCCUGACAGCGCCCAACUUCAGAGUGGUGGUGUGUCACCUGCCGUGUAUAAACGGAGGGAAGUGCAGCGCCAGAGACAAGUGUCAGUGCCCGCCCAACUUCACCGGCAAGUUCUGCCAGAUGCCGGUUCACGGCGGACAGCAGCAGAACGCCGGCGGCUUCAGUCAGAGCCAGGUCCACUCCACGCACACUCUGCCUCUGACCUACAGCAACGGCCAGACACCCGUGUUCAGCCCCAGCUUCGUUAACAUCCACAUCAAACAUCCUCCGGAGGCGUCGGUCCAGGUCCAUCAGGUCUCUCAGCUGGACAACUACCACAACAACGGACGCACGCUCAAAGGCUCCCAGUCCGGCUCCGCCUCCGCCUCCUCCACGUACACCUACCACCACAGCGAGAGCAGCCAGAAGGUCCAGCACCACGGCUACAACGUGGUCUACCCCGGUCACCAUGGAUACCACGUCCCUCAGUACCAGCCGGUCUCAUCCAAGAACACACUGGGCCGAUGCUUCCAGGAGACGGCGGGCAGUCAGUGUGGGAAGCUUCUACCUGGUCUCACCAAACAGGACCAGUGCUGUGGGAUCAUGGGGACGUCCUGGGGCUUCCACAAAUGCCAGAAGUGUCCAAAGAAACCAUUUAUUCCUCUGAUAGAUUGUCCUCAGGGCUACAAACGAGUCAACAGCUCUCACUGCCAAGAUUUGGACGAGUGCCAGCUGCAGGGGGUGUGUCCUAAUGGGAACUGUGUGAACACCGUGGGCAGCUACAGGUGCAUGUGUAAACCUGGAUACAUGCCCGACUCCACGCUCAGCACCUGCAUACGUAAGUACAUCCUCAACACCCCCCCGCUGCAUCUGUGUUGUGGCUUCUCAUUCAUUAUUGGACACAUUUGUUGUCAGUCUGAGAUGGAGACGUGGCAAAUGUGUUUUCCAUCUGCCACCGAUCUGCCCGUAACAAGGAUGGCUUCAGAAGCAGCACUGAGACAUGUGAUCAGGGUGGGAUAUGACUGCACCACCCAGCAGCCAGCAUGGAGGACGCAUGAUGCAUCCUGGGAUCCGGCCCAUCCCCCGUCCACCCGGGUCAGAGCCAGCAGUACGUCAUCAAACCCAAUACUACCACACACACCCACACACACUCAGAGUCAUGUCCCGUCCACACCUGAGAGGCCCAUCCCCUGCCAGUGGGACACACCCCCCUCCACGGUGAGUCACAGCUCCUACACAUGA